AUGGGUACCAGCCAACGGGAAUCUCGAAGGACUGCUCCGUCAAUUAAAAGGAGGUUGGUUGAUGGUGCAGCAGCUAGUGGGCUUCUGCAGACGACUGCUAGAAAUCAAAGUCAGCUGAACAUUAACCUUACUCAACGCAAACAUAGAAGAGAAGAGAAGAGAAGGAAGUCCGCAGAUGGUGAUAAGUGA